AUGUCAGUACCGCUGUCUUCCAAGGAGCAGUCCCUGUUCAAGCAGGUUGUCCAGCUCUACGAGUCCAAGCAAUACAAGAGGGGUAUCAAGACUGCCGACCAAGUCUUGAAAAAGGUCCCCAACCAUGGCGACACUCAGGCCAUGAAGGCCUUGAUCCUCAACUCUCAAGGCAAGACCGAAGAGGCCUUUGAUCUGGCCAAGCUCGCUCUCAAAAAUGCCAUGAAGUCGAAUGUCUGCUGGCACGUCUAUGGAUUGUUGUACCGCUCCGUCAAGAACUACGAUGAGGCCAUCAAGGCUUACAAGUUUGCCCUGCGCCUCGACCCCGACUCGCGCCAGAUCCAGCGCGACCUUUCUCUCCUCCAGGCCCAGACUCGCGACUGGAAGGGUCUCAUCGACAGUCGCAGAACCAUGCUGACCGCUUCUUCGGGCAUUCGUGCCAACUGGACCGCCAUGGCUAUUGCCCACCACAUGGCUGGUGACUACCAAGCCGCCGAGAAGGUCUUGACCAUGUACGAAGACACCCUCAAGGUUCCCCCACCACCAACCGAUCUCGAGCACCACGAAGCCGUCUUGUACAAGAACACCAUCAUUGCCGAGUCUGGCGACUACGAACGUGCUCUCAAGGGCCUCAAGGCUAUUUACAAGUCCAACCCCGACAGAACCGCUGUUAUGGAGUUGAGAGCAGAGUACUUGUUGAAAUUGGAUCGCAAAGAGGAGGCUGAGAAAGCAUACCGUAACUUGCUCGAAAGAAACCCCGAGAGACGCGCCUACUAUGAUGGCUUGGAGAAGUGUCUCGGUCUGGACAGAAAUGACUCGACCGCACACACCCAACUGCUGGAUCUGUACAAGUCGUUUGCCGAAAAGAGCGAAAGAAUUGAUGCACCUAGACGUGUGCCACUCGACUUCCUCCAGGGCGACGCUUUCCGCGAGGCUGCUGACGCUUACCUCACAAGAGUCUUCCGCAAGGGUGUGCCCUCGACCUUUGCCAACGUCAAGGCCCUCUACAAUGACGAGUCCAAGAAACAAACCAUUGAACAACUAGUCCUCGGCUACGCUUCUCAGAGCAAUGAGGAGAAUGGCAAGAACUGGGAUCUUGCCGUAAACUACUUCCUCGCACAACACUACGAUUACCACCUCUGCCGCAACCUCGAAAAGGCCUCUGAAUACAUUGAAAAGACCAUUUCUCUCAACACCAACCCCCAAGAUUACACUUUCCAUCUCACAAAAGCCAGAAUCACAAAACACUCUGGCGAUCUCGAAAAGGCUGCCCAACAGAUGAACGAGGCCCGCGAGAUGGACCGCGCAGAUCGUUACAUCAACACAAAAUGCGCAAAAUACCAAUUACGAAACAACCAAAACGAGACUGCUAUUGAGACCAUGGGCCUCUUCACCCGCAAGGAAGCCAACGGUGGUCCUCUGGGCGAUUUGCUCGAUAUGCAGUGCAUGUGGUAUCUCUACGAAGACGGCGAGGCCUACAAGCGUCAGAACAAGUUGGGACUGGCUCUCAAGCGCUUCAAGUCGAUUCACGACAUUUUCGACGUCUGGUACGAGGAUCAAUUCGAUUUCCACAGUUUCUCUUUGCGCAAGGGUAUGAUUCGCGCAUACGUUGACAUGAUUCGCUGGGAGGAUCACUUGCGCCAACAUCCCUUCUACUCGAGAGCCGCAUAUUCGGCCAUUGACAUUUACGUCAAGCUCUUUGACGACCCCAACUAUGGCUCCACAAACGGUGACCUCAGCGAUGCAGACAAGAAGAAGGCAGAAAAGAAGGCACGCAAGGAAAAGGAAAAGGCAGAGGCAGACAAGAAGGCCGCCGCAGCCGCAAAAGCAACCGCAACCUCGGAAGAUGUAGUCAAGAAGGAGGACACAGAUCCGCAAGGCGAGGAGCUGCUCAAGACCAAGGACCCACUUGCCGAAGCCAUGAAGUACCUGUCACCUCUGCUCGAGCAAAGCCCCUUGAACAUCAAGUCCCAACAAGCAGGUUUCGAAGUCUUUGUUCGCAGAGAAAAGUACCUUCCUGCGUUGAAGUGCUUGGUCGCUGCUUCCAAGAUUGAUGCCAGCGAUGCAACAGUAAAGGAGCAGACUGCCCGUCUGCGCAAAACAUUGUCUGAGCUCAAGGAACCUCUACCAGAAAAGAUCAAGGAGGUCAUUGAUGCCGAGUUGGCCACACUACCAUAG